AUGGGUGCCGAAGCGUCUUCCCACCAUGGGGAGUCCAUCACCCCGGCUCAACAGCUGAGUGUCGAGUCCUCCCACCAAAAUAGCCCUAUUGAGAAGCCCAAGCAACCCCUGGGUGUCGAUACCCCAAUCCCUCGGAUAACCAUGCGGUCCUUGGUGAUGGCCCUCUUCGUCUCAAUGGGUGGUUUGUUGUUCGGAUAUGACACUGGUCAGAUUUCCGGCUUCCAAGAAAUGAGCAACUACCUAGAACGGUAUGGUGAGCCCACAGCAGAUGGUUCUUACAAAUUCAGCACCGUUCGCUCCGGUCUCAUUGUUGCCCUGCUGUCUAUCGGUACCCUGAUUGGUGCCCUGGUCGCAGCCCCCGUCGCUGAUAAGAUGGGCCGAAAGUGGUCCAUCAGUUUCUGGUGUAUUAUCCUCAUUGUCGGUUUGAUUGUUCAAAUUACCGCCCCCGAUGGCCACUGGUACCAGGUUGUCGUUGGCCGUUGGGUCACUGGUCUCGGUGUUGGUGGCUGCUCCCUGCUCGUCCCCAUGUACCAGAGUGAAAGUGCCCCCCGUCAUAUUCGUGGUGCUAUGAUCAGUUGCUACCAGCUGUUCGUCACCCUUGGUAUCUUUUUGGCCUACCUCAUCAACCUGGGUACUCACAACAUGGAUGGCACUGGUCAGUGGCGCAUCACUCUCGGUAUCACCUUCCUCUUCGCUAUCAUCCUUGGCGGCGGUAUGGUUUUCUUCCCCGAAAGCCCACGUUAUGAGUUCCGUCACGGAAAGGUCGAGAGUGCCCAACGCACUCUCUCCAAGCUCUACGGUAUCCCAGAGAACCAUACUCGCAUCUUGGAAGAAAUGAGUGAAAUUCGUGAGCAGUUUGAGGCAGAGUCUGAAGGCCAGAAGUGGCAUGAAUUCCUCACUGCCCCCCGCAUGUUUUACCGUAUUGUCCUUGGCAUGGCCUUGCAGUCACUGCAGCAGCUCAGUGGUGCUAACUACUUCUUCUACUAUGGUACUACUAUUUUCCAAGGUGCUGGUAUCUCAGACAGCUUCGUGACCCAGGUCAUCCUCGGCGCUGUGAACUUUGGAACUACCUUUGGUGGCUUGUAUGUCGUUGAAAACUUCGGUCGCCGCAAGUCCCUGAUUUUCGGAGCGAUCUGGAUGUUCGUCAUGUUCAUGAUCUUCGCCUCCAUCGGCCAUUUCGUCCUGGAUGUGGAAAACCCUGAGAACACCCCCGCCGCCGGCAAGGGUAUGAUUGUCGUCACCUGCUUCUUCAUUGCCGCAUAUGCUAUGACCUGGGGUCCCAUGGUCUGGGCUAUUGUUGCAGAGCUCUUCCCCUCCAAGUACCGUGCCAAGGGUAUGGCCGCAGCUACCGCAACCAACUGGCUGUGGAACUUCCUCAUCAGUUUCUUCACGACCUUCAUCACCGAUGAGAUCGACUUUGCCUACGGCUACGUCUUCGCUGGCUGUCUUUUCGUGGGUAUCGGCGUUGUCUACUUCUUCGUUAUUGAAGGAAAGGGUCGCACACUCGAGGAGCUUGACUGGAUGUAUGUCAACAAGGUUGUUCCCUGGAAGAGCACCAGCUUCGAGAUUCCUGAACGCCACCAGGAUUGGAUCGCGGAGGAGAACCCGUACGGUCGCAAGUCGCAAGGUGCCCUUCACGCGGAGAACGCAUGA